GCAUAGGACGGCUGAGGAUGAACAGUAGGAGUCACUGAGCAUGCGCACGACAACGGAGUCGUCUCUUACCUUAAGCUGAGGGCGCAUGCGCGGAGCGUAGACGGCAUGGAAGCGGAAGUUUCACUCCUUUUAUCAAAAUGGCAGCCUCAGCGCUGGAAGGCCUCCUGGUCCCGCACAUCCUCCCGCAGCCCUGCUUCCACGAGCUCAUCCUCCGCUUGAACUUCUUGCACAUUCCAUGCCUCAAAAUCUUCAUCAGCAAGGGACUCGGAUUCGCCAUCGUUGCUGGUUCCCUCAUGGUGAAGCUGCCCCAAAUCAUCAAGAUCAUGCGGGCCCACAGCGCAGAGGGGCUGAGUUUCAAAGCCAUCCUUUUGGAGCUCAUGGCCAUCACAGGCACCAUGGUCUACAGCAUCUCCCACAGCUUCCCAUUCAGUGCCUGGGGUGAAGCUCUCUUCCUCAUGGUGCAGACAGUGGUGAUUGGGUUCCUGGUACAACAUUUUGCAGGACACACGGGACGUGGUCUGUCCUUCCUGUUUGUCUACCUGGGCAUCCUUUCCUUCCUACUGUCUUCAUUCACACCCCCGGCUGUUGUGACCAUGCUUCAGGCUUCUAACAUGCCUGCUGUCGUAAUAAGCAGGCUCCUGCAAGUGGCCACAAACUACCGGAAUGGGCACACAGGGCAGCUUUCAGCCAUCACAGCCUCCAUGCUUUUUGCAGGGUCCCUGGCACGGAUUUUCACUUCCAUCCAGGAGACAAAUGACCCCCUCAUGGCUCUGACGUUUGGCGUCUCUUCCGUCUGCAACAGCCUGAUCGUGGGGCAGCUCAUCUAUUACUGGAACGUCCCAGUCGACAAACGCAAGAAGGAAUAGCAGAGAGCGGCAGAUCUGUCGUUUGCCACCCUUCACAAGGAGGUGCCCCAGAAAAAGCAAAGUGGGGGAGAGAAGACCUCUUCUUCCUCCUCCUCCCGAUUUUACCUCUGCUGUGAGAAUACACCUGGCUGCUUUUUAGGAUCUCUCCUUCUGUGCUCUGAGCCAAGGGACGAUACUGCCUGUGUCUGGGAAUCAUGUGGGACUUUUGUAGAGCUUGGGCAGAGGACCACUGUGCAGGUUCUUCUGGUGGGAAAGGAGGAAGAGGAGGCUUCUUCCAGCUUCUCUGCCCCCUUCUGCAAAACUUUGACCAUGAAAUACAACUCUUCCUUACUUCUA